UUAGGAAGGGCACCUCAGCAGCAAAGUUUCCCACUCCUGGGCCAAGACAUCAGUGCUAAAGGGUACAAAUAGGGCUUCAAAUCUCAUCCCGAACACCCACAGGGGCAGGAAUUUGGCCACAGGCAGCAUGCCCCAGCCCGCGCACAUCCGCCCCGGCCCCACUGCUGGAGUUCCCCAGCACAUCACAGCGGCGGGGCACGCAGCCAGGCACGCCUGUCACAGUUGACUCCAGAGCCGGCCCUUGAGAAUGGCUCCGGCAUCGCUCCCUGCUCAGCCUCAGGCAGCUGUCACACCCCACGGCAGCACCCCCAAACGGUGGGCAGCCCUCAGGCUGACUCUCGUGGCGAGGGGCCUGGGAAUGUUGCAAGAUGGCUGAAGCGCGUAAAAAUAACCUGGUGCAGGUCGCUGACCCAGCUCUGCUGGCCGUCAGCUGCUUGGCUCUGCUCCCACUCCUGAGAGCCAUAAAAAGACUUCUUUAUUUUGGCACUGUCUCCAGGAGCACAAACACAGAAAAAGCCCUGCUCCCUCAUAAAACCUGGAAGCCCGUGGGACUGCCAGUUCCCAUGCACAUCCUGCAUGAAGCGACACCGCGCCUCGGCUGUGGCAACAGCGCCCUGCCUUGCAUCAGCUGCGCUCUGCCUUCAGAUUGCUGCUGCUUGCCUGGCUUCUUCUCAGUUUUUGAAGAGGGACUGCCUGCAUGUUUGUGGGAAUGGGAUAUUUUAACUCUCGUUAAUAUGCCUCCCUCAAAGCACAAAAGCUGCUGCUGGGCUUUUCUAAGUGACAACGCUCACUGCUCCUGCACGGGGCCUAACAGGGCUUCCCUCCUAAUUUCAGGUAUUUCUGUUCAGCACCUUUUGGCAGGAUCCUUUUAUGUAUCAUAGAAUCAUAUGGGAUCAUAUUAGACUAGAUAUUUGGAAGAGAUUCUUUACUAUGAGAGCGGUGAGACACUGAAGCAGCCAGCGCAGGGGAGUUGCAGCUCACCCCUCCCUGUGGGCGUUCAACCCCCGCCAUUUUGUGUGUGGGACGGGGUUGCCGGCACCGUGCAUGCGCCGCCCCGCCCCGCCCCCUGCCCACACUCCCACCCGACACGCAGUAGCCUCCGUGGCACCACUGCGCCUGCGCCGCGCGCUCCCUGGGCGGUGCUCCCGGCCCCUCGCGCAUGCGCCCGCGCCGCGGCCCCUCCCCGGCUUCCGUAGCGAGCCGCUUCCCCGCUCACCGUCCUUGGAAGACCAGCAUGAUGGAUGUCCUACGGCCCACCCUGGUCAGGAUUGGUGGGCGAGUGUACAGGAAGAACCUCAUUCACGAGCAGGUCCAGCAGCAAGAGGAGGAGGAGGAGGACUUCUACACAGGUACAUAAUAGGAAAGAAAGGAGAAACCAAGAAGAGACUAGAAACAGAGACUCGAACCUCAAUCAGCAUUCCCAAGCCGGGAGUGGAAGGAGAAAUUGUGAUUACAGGACAGCAGCGUGGCGGUGUCAUCUCGGCCCGGACACGCGUCGAUGUUCUUCUCGACAGCUUCCGUAAGAAGCAGCCCUUCACGCACUUCCUGUCCUUCGCUCUCAACCAGCCCGUCAUCCAGGAGAGGUUCCUCCAGUUCAAGGAGGAGGUGCUGGAGAAAUGCUCACAGGAUCAUGGGGUCAGCAGCAGCCUGUUCCAGAACCCUGCAAAGCUCCACCUGACUCUGGGGACGCUCGUGCUGCUGAACGAACAGGAGAUCCAGAGAGCAUGCGAGCUCUUGCAGCAAUGCAAGGAGGACUUUGUGGACCAAAUUACGGGAGGCAAACCCCUGACUGUGGAGGUGGCCGGGGUGGAGUACAUGAACGAUGACCCUGCCAUGAUGGAUGUCCUUUACGCCAAAGUCCACAUGAAGGAUGGCUCAGACAAGCUGCAGGCGAUCGCCGAUCAGCUGGUGGAGCGGUUCGUGGCCUCUGGCCUCAUGCUUAGGGAAUGGGAUAGGGUGAAACUGCACGCUACUGUCAUGAACACGCUCUUCAGGAAAGACCCAAGUGGUGCUGAAGAGCGAAGCAACACAGUGACUGGUAAAUCAUCCUUCAAGGAGCGGGAGUCGUUUAAUGGCCGAAACGUCCUCAAGCUCUUUGAGAACUUCUCCUUCGGCGAGGCGCAGCUGGACGCGGUGCUGCUCUCCCAGCGCUACUCCUCGGAUGCCUCCAGGUACUAUGGCACAGCGGGGCAGCUGGCACUGUGCUGACCUAGGGGACUGCGGCGGGGCCCCUGCGGGCUGUUUGCCACUCGAGCGACGAAGAGCAGCGGCUGCACGUGGCUCAGGGGCACCUCCUGCCUCGUAGCGUGGCCGUACUGCAGGGGGGAGGCUGGGGCUCACAGGGGGUGUGGGAUCCCCCUGCGCCAUUGUCCACAGAGAGCUUGGGCGCAUCUCCAGCAGCCUCCCUGAUACCGGCCUCCAAAUAAAGGAAUUCCCUUCACGGCCAA